AUAGCAUUUCAAAUCUGAAACCUCAAAUCCCUAAAUUGUAGUCGGUAGCAAAGUUUUCCCCAGAAAAUGUCAGGUCGUGGAAAAGGUGGCAAGGGAUUGGGGAAAGGAGGCGCCAAGAGGCACAGAAAGGUGCUACGAGAUAACAUUCAGGGCAUUACCAAACCUGCAAUUCGUAGAUUGGCCAGAAGAGGUGGCGUGAAGAGAAUUAGCGGUUUGAUAUAUGAAGAAACCAGAGGGGUGCUCAAGAUAUUUUUGGAGAACGUGAUCCGUGAUGCUGUGACUUACACCGAGCAUGCUAGAAGAAAGACUGUUACAGCAAUGGAUGUUGUUUAUGCUCUUAAGAGACAGGGAAGGACUCUCUAUGGUUUCGGAGGAGUUUGGCAAGUUUGGAUUGAGAAGAUGUCAGGUCGUGGAAAAGGUGGCAAAGGUUUGGGAAAGGGAGGUGCUAAGAGGCACAGAAAAGUGCUUCGUGAUAACAUUCAAGGCAUAACCAAGCCUGCCAUUCGUAGAUUGGCGAGAAGAGGUGGCGUUAAGAGGAUCAGCGGUUUGAUCUAUGAGGAAACAAGAGGUGUUCUCAAAAUUUUCUUGGAGAAUGUGAUUCGUGAUGCUGUUACUUACACCGAGCAUGCUAGGAGGAAAACUGUUACUGCUAUGGAUGUUGUUUAUGCCCUCAAAAGACAGGGAAGAACUCUCUACGGUUUUGGAGGCUGAAGAUUGUUGACUUCUGUUCAAUUGUACUUUAGAGUUCAUCUUACUCUUCUUUUGAUUUGAUUCCAUGUUUAGUUUUAUGGAUAUCUGUUGUAAAGUAUGCUGGCAUAUUUUAUGCAACUUCAAUUGAAAUUAAUCUAUGGAUAUGAUUUUCUGGUUUA